GAAAGACAGUGGAAGUGAAAAAGAAGAGAAAAAGAGUUCACUUGUCCGUGCAGUUUAUACUGUUAAGUUCCUUUUCAUAGACUGCUACUGCAUGGCUUCAGCUAAAAGCACAAAUGGCCAUCCGCUGUCCCCUUCCUGUUUAUUACACUCAUUUGAAGCAUUUCCCUUAGCCUGGUGUGACACCAACAGUCAAACAGUCUUCAAUAGGAAGAAGUGAUAAAAAGACCUUGAGAUGGAGAAUGAAGAGGGUUACACAGUACUUCAUUUCAAAGGAAGGAAGAAAAACUCCAGUGCAGGACGUCCCUCUCAUUCUUCAGGCUUGCGGUAUUUUGCUGCUUUCUCAGGAUUUCUGAAUGUUGUAUUGCUGGGAGCUGUGAUCACAUUAAUUCAGCAAUGUGGCUUGCUAUCAAGUGAAGUGUGGAAGCCCAGAGAAAAUCUUUCUGAAAGUGACAGUAUCUUUGAGAAAGAUGUUCAUGAAAACAGCUUACUGACUACAUUAAAGGAAAGCUUAUGCAUGCAUACAAAUGACUCCGCAUGUGAACUCUGUCCCACCGGCUGGAAGCUGCAUUAUGGGAGAUGUUAUUUCUACUCAGAAACUCGUGACACCUGGGAGAAUAGUAGAAAGUAUUGCUCAGGAAAAAAAUCUGAGCUCCUGAUUAUAGAGGAUGAUACUGAAAUGGAUUUCUUAAAUAAACUGAAGGAUAAAGACAUUGGCUUUGUUUGGACUGGACUAAGCUUUGAUGAGGAGGAAGGAAGAUGGGUAUGGCUCAAUGAUCCCAAACAUCCAGGGCACAGUUUUACAAUAAAAGGAAGGAAGAAAGAAGAAAAAUGUGCUGCCUAUAAGUUGACAGAAAUGCAUGCCGAUAACUGCCACUCCCUGUACAAGUGGAUUUGCAAGAGGACUGCAGUAUUUCUGGGUAUCUCAGAUAUUGUAAAGUGAAAGCGAAUAGGGUCUUUGAAGGUUUCCACCACUUUCCAGUGGGUAGGAUAUCUGAUGUAAAAUGAAGGGGAAAGUGUUGACCUGAAUUGUGAUGAAUCAGUGCAUUGUGAUUCUAUUUGUGAUUAAAGUCCAGG